AUGUCCGACAAGUCUAAUCUUCUCAUGUUCGGUGCUACUGGCACCAUUGGCAAGUACAUUAUCGAAGCUAUCGUCAACGCCCGAGACUCCUUCGGUCGCAUCGCCAUCUUCACUAGCCCCCACACCGUCAGUAGCAAGCCCGACGAGCUCAAUGCUCUGCGUCAGAAGGGAGUCGACAUCCUGAUUGGUGAUGUUGGCAAUCGCGAGGAUGUGCUCAAGGCAUAUGCAGGCGUGGACACCGUCAUCUCCGCACUCGGUCGCGGCGCCAUUGCAGCCCAGAUCCCUCUGAUUCAACUGGCCAACGAAACUCCCAAUAUCAAGCGCUUCUUGCCUUCUGAAUAUGGCACGGAUAUUGAAUACAGCCCUGCCUCACAGCAUGAGAAGCCGCACCAACAGAAACUGAAGGUCCGCGCAGCUCUCAGAGAGGUCCGUAGUACCCUGGAGUAUGCCUACGUGGUGACAGGGCCCUACGUGGAUUUUCCGUUUUAUCUUGGUCGAUCCCGCAAUACCAAGGCGGGCACUUUCGAUGUAUUGGCCAAGAAAGCGGUCAUUGUGGGGGAUGAGCAUGGUAAAAUCAGUCUCACAGCCUGUUCAGAUGUUGGUAAAUUUGUCGUGCACGCCCUCACACAUUGGGAUGCCGCUCGCAACCGCGCACUGAAGGUCAACUCGUUCACUACCACGCCGGCCGAUGUCUUGGCCGAGUUUGAACGCCAGACUGGUGUUAAGUGGACCGUUGAGUAUACCCCACUGGAUGAGCUGCGGGCAUUAGAGAAGGAGGCGUGGGAGAAGGAGGACCCUGUGGCUACGGUCUACACGCUCCGGCGCAUCUGGUCGGAGGGAGGUACCCUGUACGAUCGCCGGGAUAACGAAGAUAUUGGCGUGAGGGAAACGAAGGGCCUUCAGGAAUUGGUGACAGACUCCAUCCGAGCACAGAUCGAGGGGGUCCCACCCAAGCAUUGA